UCAUUCAAAACUCCGCCAUCGCUUAAGUAAUUCUACUUAUUUGUUGUUUUAGUGAAAACUUGUUUUUAUCUUAAAGUGAUUCGCUGAAUAUUAAAAGAAACGAUGGAAGGACAACGACGAUCUCGGGGACGACGUGGAAGUGGAGCGACUACGCGCGGAGUUCGAGGUGGUGCCGGUCUUGGUGCUAAUAGGCCUUCAGUUUCUGGCUCUGUAACUAGUGGAGCGUUGCAAAGCUUUGACGAGGUCCAUGCUAUAGAAAGGCCACUGCACGGAAAGAGGAGGAGGAAGAUGCCGCCAGUGAGGACAGUACCUGAAGGGAAUGUUAAAUGUGGUGGGAGCGGGCAGUCAACUCUGCAAAUUACCCCUGUAAAGAGACCCGCAAAUAAUGACUCUACUGGUAAGGGCGAGGAGGUUCCGGCUUCAAGGCGAUGCUUGUUUCCACCAGCCAGGGCUUCAUCUUCACCAUCAGCCGUCAGGGCUUCAUCUUCACCAUCAGCCGUCAGGGCUCGUCCUUUAAGGGACCUGAAUAAUUAUGGCAGUGAAGAGGAUGCUGACAGCGAUGAUGAAGAUGAAGAUAUAGUUCAGCCAGUACAGUUGCCUAGGAGGGCUGAAAGACUUUUUAUGUCUGAGGAAAAGACUGAGGUGCCACCGAUAAAUGCAAACAUAGACUUUGAGUGGCCACCUCAACUUUCCUCAGGCCUGCAGCCCAAGCCCGAACCCAACGCUGAGCCCGAACCCAGCGCCGAGCCAGAACCCAGCGCCGAGCCCGAACCCAGCGCUGAGCCCGAACCCAACGCCGAGCCCGAACCCAGCGCUGAGCCCGAACCCAGCGCUGAGCCCGAACCCAACGCCGAGCCCGAACCCAGCGCCGACCUCGAAACUAUAGCCGAACCAUUCAAUAAAUUUGAUUUUAGGUGGAGAGGGUUUCCAGAAUCUCAAAUUCGUCCUGAAUUGAGAAAGGAACCUUUCUCCGAGAUUAAUUGUGGUCCCACAGUUCCAUUGACGAGCCCAUAUGAAGCAUUUACUGCUAUAUGGGAUCGCCAAAUAAUGGAGCACAUUUCAGUGGAGACAAAUAGAUAUGCUCAGCAAGAGGUAACGGCCAAGAUUGAUCAGGGCCUACUUUCGCCAAAAAGUCGUAUCACGCGAUGGCGGGAUACGAAUCCAGAUGAGCUGUACGUGUAUUUCGCAAUAGUCCUAGCAACUGGGAUUAUUGUGAAAUCACGUGUAACCUCAUACUGGAAUAAAGCCCAGGAUUUACUAUCUUCUCCUGGGUUUCCGGCAACGAUGAGUUUUGACCGUUACUUCCUGCUUUCUAAAUGUCUCCACUUCUGUAAUAAUGAUGACUGCAAGCCAGACACAAUGACGCGAUCGGAGGCAAAGCUUUUUAAGGUGCGUCCUAUUAUAGACCAUCUUAACAAGCGGUUCCAACAGUUAUAUAUUUUAUCACAAAAUAUUGCAUUAGACGAAAGUUUGACACAGUGGAAGGGUUGGUUAGAUAUUAAUCAAUUCAUCCGAAAUAAAGCAGCCUCAGUCGGAAUCAAAACCUACGAGGUUUGUGAGUCCCAGACUGGCUACUUGUGGCGGUUUGAAGUGCACGUAGGGCAUGACGAAUCUCCACGAGAUGGUCCUUUGUCUGGGGAAGUGCCGGCACUUGUGCUUAAACUUCUCAAUGGUCUUGAGCACAAGGGCCACACGAUUUGGAUGGAUAACUUUUAUAACUCUCCUGCGCUUGCGCGAGAGUUAAAGGUACGGGGGUUUGACUGUGCUGGUACUUUCCGCUUGAACCGUCAGUUUGUUCCCACUGAACUGGCUAAUCUGAACAAGGAAGCUUUGGCUGUAGGUCAAGUUCGUGGCUGCACUUCAGGCGAUGUGGAUCUGGUGGUAUGGCGAGAUAAGAACCUCGUUUCUCUUAUCUCGACGUACCAUGGGUUAGCAACGGUAAAGUGUGGCGACGUACUAAAGCCUUCAAUAGUACCCGAUUACAAUGUGUGCAUGGGUGGUGUUGAUCGCAAAGAUCAAAUGAUUGCCAUGUACCCACUAGAAAGGCGGCGUACUCGGGUGUGGUACAAAAAGUUUUUUAGACGACUGUUCAAUGUUAGUGUCCUGAAUGCGUUCAUACUCCUCCGCACACAGCAACCUAUUACCCACCGAAGUUUCCGUGAAACUUUGGUAAGGGAAUUGGUCGCAAAACACAAGCCACCUUCACCCUCAGCAGUUACAGUUGCACUUGUGGGACACUUUCCGGCUCAGUAUGACUUUCUGUCCGGAAAGCAACACGAACGCCUGCGCAGAAUUUGCGUUGUAUGUAAAAAACGUACAAAUGCAUAUUGCAGACAGUGCAACGUUCCACUGUGCGUGUUCACCUGCUUUGAGCCACAUCACUCUUAACAGUUACACAUCACACAAACACGUCCUAUACGCACAGCUACUCAGGACACACAGGACUCUGAAACGCUUUUUGUCGCCAGUUCAGUGGGAAUAAAAGUAUAUUCGUCCAAAUCGUGGAACAAUAAGACAAUUAAGGCUGUAUAUUUAUUUAUGUAUUCGUAAGUAAUAUUUUUUUAAAUUUACGUAGGUUUCAUUUUUAUUAAAAAUAUAUAUCUAAGUAUCUAUAUUGGGGGGGGGGGGGGGGGGCUAUAUUUAUUAUUAUUGGCAAUAUUUUGGGUAAAAUAUAUAAUUGUAGUUCCCACGGUUGCGUCAUUCGUUCGGAUUACAGUCAUCAUUAUUUGAGAGUGCCGCUAACCCUUGUUUUCUCCAAGUAAUAUCCCACGAAAUCAGGACUACAUUUGAUCUUAUCAUUAGCUGUGACUGCAAUGUUCAUUUAUUGUAUUAGCAAAUAUUUAUGAAAGUACUGACACUAAAUGUGUAAAUAUCAACUACUCAAAUGCAGUGUAAAUUUAUCCAAAAUACGUUAGAUUUAGCAUUGAAAUCAUUUUGUUGGCAGCUCUCUGGUUAGUAUUUUGGUAUAUGGGGGUUUUAAAAAAAACUGACGGAAUGUGACUAGAAUAUAUAUUUUUUUUUAAAUAUGCGUAAGUAAAAAAACAAACACUAUACUCAUAGAACCAUACCUUGAAAAUAUUAUGAUUUACGAAAAGUCGUAUCCAUACUUUUAUAGCCUCUCAGGUACCAAAAUGAACCAUUUUUUGCUACUUUUAACAACUUACAUCUUGAAAUAUUUCUUAGAACUGUACUGUUCUGUUGAUUUAUUUUGAUGCUUUAAUCUAUCUUAAUCUUAGAAAAUGUCUAAGUUCCGUUAGUUGCAAUAUUUUUUCCAAAAACUAUGUUUUUUAAAUGUAUGUAAUUUUUGACCCAAAUUUUUGAGUUAUUUUUGUUUAACUCCUACUCAAGAUAUAUAUAAUAUAGUGCUGCGAUACUUUUGUAAUACACAGUUUAUAAGCUUAAGUUUCUAAUAAACAAAACAUCUUUGUCCAUAUUGGCAUAAGUAAAUUAAAAUUAGGUUGAAAUAUUGUACCCACUUUUGUGUACGUUACCCACUUAAUAUAGUCACGAAGAAGUGGCAGUUCUUCGUGACUAUAUUAAGAUCACGUGUUGUGUAAAAAAUAUGUUUGGCGGCACUUGAAUUUCGAGUUGUAUUUUAAACCUAAUGUGAUAAGUUGUAAAUAAAAUAUUUUAAUUACUUCCAAAUGUUGUUGUAAUUAUAAUUAUAACCGUAACUUAUCUAAAUAUCACAGUACCCUACGUUGAAAGUUCUAUGUAAGCUAUAAUUGAGUAUUUAUAUAGAAAUGGUUGAAAGUGAAUAAAGAUUAUUCAAUUUACAAUGAGAUUUAUAACUUGAAUUGACUUGAUUCGUACUAGAUAAGGAGAACAUCCAGUUACCGGCUCCCGGUAUAACAGGUAGUAUAGUACAAAGUUGGCUAAUGUCAUUCAACACACGAAAGGCACUUUGCCGUGUUAGUGUUACUUGAAUUAUUAGUGCAAUAUCGCAACACACUCGAAUAUUUGAUGAGUUUCUUGGUUUUUUGUUUAAAACAAACAAGACAUGAACGCGACCAUCGCGCUUAAGCAACUGAGUGCAGUUAGGCCGGAAGUGAAGUAGGCGGUGUCGUCUCCAUACGUAGUACAUACCUAUAGAAUCUCAAUGUAAGAAAUAGGUAUUAUUUGAUCUUAAUUUUGUUUUAGAUAAGAGUUGUGAGCUUUAAUUAUUGUAUGUUAAGUUUUAUUAUUUAAAUUUCGACAUACUGGUGUUAUCGUUUUAAAUCAAAAGCUAGUUAUCUAAGAAUAUUAUUAUGAAUGUUGUAGUUUUUUUUAAAUAAAACUAUUUUUCAUCA